UCCUGGUGCAGUCCGGGAGGUGGUGGAGGUCUUGUUACCUGCGGACCUGCUGCGCCUGGAGGACCAGCUUCACCAUGAGCCAGCGGCAGGUGCUGCAAGUGUUCGAGCAGUACCAGAAAGCCCGGACGCAAUUCGUGCAGAUGGUGGCGGAGCUGGCGACCAGACCCCAAAACAUCGAGACGCUGCAGAACGCAGGUGUAAUGUCUUUGCUGAGGCCUCUUCUUCUGGAUGUGGUCCCAACAAUUCAGCAGACUGCUGCUUUGGCUCUGGGGAGAUUGGCCAAUUACAAUGAUGACUUAGCAGAAGCAGUUGUGAAGGGCGACAUUCUUCCACAGCUUGUUUAUUCAUUGGCAGAACAAAAUCGUUUCUACAAGAAAGCAGCUGCCUUUGUGCUGAGAGCAGUUGGUAAACAUUCCCCGCAGCUGGCCCAGGCCAUAGUCGACUGUGGAGCUCUGGACACACUGGUGAUAUGCUUGGAGGACUUUGACCCUGGAGUCAAGGAGGCCGCAGCCUGGGCACUUGGAUAUAUUGCAAGACACAAUACAGAAUUAUCUCAAGCUGUGGUGGAUGCAGGAGCAAUUCCUCUUCUAGUUCUCUGUAUCCAGGAGCCAGAAAUUGCUUUGAAAAGGAUCGCUGCUUCUGCUCUCAGUGAUACUUCAAAGCAUUCUCCAGAGUUAGCACAGACGGUGGUGGAUGCAGGAGCCAUUGCUCACUUAGCCCAGAUGAUCCUCAACCCUGAUGCAAAAUUGAAGCGCCAGGUCCUUUCUGCUCUCAGUCAGAUUGCAAAACAUUCGGUGGAUCUGGCAGAGAUGGUGGUUGAAGCGGAGAUUUUCCCGGUUGUACUCACCUGUCUGAAGGACAAAGAUGAAUACGUGAAGAAAAACGCUUGCACUUUAAUUAGAGAGAUUGCAAAACAUACACCCGAGCUCUCACAGCUGAUUGUUAACGCAGGAGGCGUGGCUGCUGUGAUUGACUGCAUCGGAUUCUGCAAAGGGAACAUACGGCUGCCCGGCAUCAUGUUGUUGGGUUACGUGGCUGCUCAUUCUGAGAACCUGGCCAUGGCGGUGAUCAUUUCCAAGGGUGUACCCCAGUUAUCAAUCUGCCUCUCAGAAGAACCAGAAGAUCACAUUAAGGCUGCUGCCGCCUGGGCCUUAGGACAGCUGGGAAGACACACGCCAGAGCACGCCAGGGCUGUUGCGGCCACAAACACUCUUCCGGUUCUGCUUUCUUUGUACAUGUCCCCAGAGAGCUCCGAGGACUUGCAGGUCAAAAGUAAAAAAGCCAUAAAGAAUAUUCUUCAAAAAUGCACCUACCUCCCAGCCCUCGAGCCAUUUUUAUAUGAUGCACCUCCAAAUAUCCUAAAACACGUUGUUGGUCAGUUCAGUAAGGUGCUGCCUCAUGACAGCAAAGCUCGGCGGCUUUUUGUAACUAGUGGAGGACUUAAAAAGGUGCAAGAGAUAAAAGCAGAACCUGGCUCUCUCCUGCAGGAAUACAUCAACAGCAUUAACAACUGCUACCCAGAGGAAAUAGUACGGUACUAUUCACCUGGAUACUCGGAUACUCUUCUACAGAGGGUGGACAGCUACCAGCCACUUACCAACUGAACAAACCAUACUUUUAUACUCCUCAGUUUCCCAGGAGAGUAUGAAUAGUGAUUGUUAAAGUUUUUUGAAAGUACAUUCUAGCUAUGUUCAGUGUGAGAUACCUUUGGAUAAUGUUUUCUAAAUGUAUGUAGUAGUUUAAGAAUUAGUAGCUGGAAUAUACGAAGGGCUAGCCAUAGUCAUUGCAUGCAUAGGAAUUUCUCUAAAGAUAGUCUUGAAGACAUUAAAAGGUUUAACACAUUUGUUAUCGUUCUGCAGAAAACCACAUAUAAACAGCAUAAACAUUCCCUCCAACUAGCUGAGAAAUACCGCUCAACAGUGCUUAGGCUAUUUUGGCCAUUUUCUCAUACAUAGGCAAGGAAAACUUGCCUUUCAAGUUACAUAAAAGCAUCUAGAAGGAAAAGAGCUGAAAGGUGACCCUGAUGACAAAUAACCCUAAAAGAGGCUCUGGUGCUGGUCACACAAACGCACUGGACUAAGUAGAAGCUCUAGAGCCUGCUAGGUUUCCUAAGAACCUAGGCACAUUCUCCUCAUUCCUACUCACCGGUCGGGAAGCUCUUUCCUUCUGGGUCCUCACUGAAGGGUUCUCAGCAUUACUCUCUGGUACCUGUGCUCUCCCUUCCUGGUGAGAAGUCUCUUAUUCCUGAUCCAUAUGCAGGGACAAAACAUGCAAUAUUUGCCUUCAUUGUCCUUGUCCUAGGUUCACUUCACCAAAUUUCAGAAGUCAUGUUUUCAGGGAUUUAAGUAAUUUGAGCAGAAUAUAUCAGGCUCAGACUUUAUAUUCAUUUUUAUUAGAUUCAGUAAUGGGGCCAAAGAAGAUUUCAAUAAAGUGUUAAAAACAGCAUUAGAACUGUCCUUUUUGUUUUUUAUAUCUAAUGAUUUUCUGACUUUGGGAAUCUGUCUUUGGAGUUAGGAGUCUUUGAUGGUCAGUAUAUUUGUAUCUUUGGGCUUACAGAGGUCUCAUCAGGAGGCCUGAAGAGGAGGUGCAGGCCAGCCUAGACAACCUUUAGGACAGUGGGGAUUGUCCUAAAAGCCUAGCUUCAGGUUUCCCUUUUGGACUCCCCCAAUCUUCGAUUUUUCAUCAAAAGGAAACUGUUCAUUACGUCUGGACAUUUUUCCGAACCCAUCUCUGCUUUCAUUUUUUUUUAGUAAUGCACAACUUUGUGGAAACUUUAAAACUUCUUUAUGACCAGCAUUCUCCAACCUAUCUUUUAUUUAUGUCAAACUAGAAUUGCUAGUCAUUGCACGGUAAAUGUAAUCCCUUGAUUUCUCCAGCAGUGCAUGACUACUGCCCUUUUAGGAAUCCAAACAGCAUCUGAGGUUUCAAGGAUUUCUUUUCCCUGUUUUAAGACUUUUCCUUCUGAGUCAGGCCCCUUUCUUUAUAUAACGCUUCAUGUAUGUGGAUGGUGGUGAAGGCUAUUUAGAGAUUACGCUUAUAUUGACCUCAGUCCCUGCUGUUCGUUAGAGAGCUGUGGUCAGUACUAUGAGUUCUGGCUUUUUUACUGAGUUUCACUUUGGCAGAGAUUUCAACUCAGUGAUGAAACUCAGUUAAUCAUGAAGUACCUUUAAAAGGCAUUCUCCUUUUGCGAAACUACUAUCAUGGGUGAAAUACUCAUGUCAGAGUCCUUGAUGGACUGGUCCAUUAAUUCUGGUCAUCAGAAAAAUACCUUAUGCAUAACUUUAACACAGUCAUGAUCUGACUUACUGGUCCAACACGUAGGACAGUCUCUAGGGUUUGUGACCAUUCCACUUUAGAUGAUUGUGUGAUUUUUCUCACAUAGCGUUCGUUCUCUGAUAUCUGACCAUCUGGGCAUUAGUUAGCCAGUGCCUCCCCUUAAUCCACUAAUGCUAAUACUAUGUGUGACAUUUGGACUGUUAAUUCUUAUCCUCAAAUCAUUUUGUCAGCCUCUGACACUAAGGGGACCAUGGCUAUGCAUACCCAUAGGCAGGGUGACCAGGCUUGAGCAAUGAAAUCAAGUUUCUAAGAAUGGUAUGUCAUUGGAUCAGAACUGCCGAGAUCAUGGUGUCUCUUCUCAGCAAUAGAAACCCUAAUCAAGAGAGUUAGUUUUACUGAGUUUGCAAACUUGAGUAAGUAAAAUUUUAAAAGGUUUAAUGCAAAAGAAGAAGACAAACCUUAAACAAUCACUCCAGAUAUCACGACACAGCAAAGAAUUGUCUUUAACAAGUUGGCAUGUUCUGGCGUCUUUCUGUACAGCUAGGAACGCUGUAAAGGUGUGCUCAUGGCAUGUGGGACUGGAAUCAAAUUCCCUAGAGUCACAGGAGUCUUGUUUAGUAGAACACAGAGUUUUCACGUUUUCUCUUGUUUAUCUCAGUGGACUUAGAUAAAGAUAUUUUCUCGGGAUAAUUUAAUAUAAAAUUCAAUAUAAAAUGUUACUGUGUUUCUUUCAUUCAUGACUGGUGUAUUGUCUAUAGUAGAUUUUCAGAUAAAUGUCAGAUUGAGAAAAAUAAGAACAUAAGGGAGUUUGGA